ACAUUUGGUUUAUUUACUCAUACUAUUAACAUCAAAUCCACAGCAUCAAGCUCUUCUGCUGCAGCAGCAAUCUCUGCCCAUUCGGAACUUUAUCUGGAACAGAAAAAUCAUUUGCGAUCGGGAUCUUGUCUUUGAAAUCUACGUUUACCUCAUCAUCAAUGCCACAACAUUUCUGCAGUUUUUGAUAAGCGACAAUAAGAGCGUUUGCGAGGAAGGACUUUAGUAGUUCACACAUUUAUCAACAUUAAGUGCAAAAUGGCCAGUCAUGAUUCAAUUAGCUAGCUGAUUGUUAUAGAGUAAUGAUUCAGUUAACUAGCUGCUUGUUAUGGAGUAAAACAAUACUAAGCUCAAUCAGUUUCAGUUUGUAGAGGGAACAUGAAGACUCUGGAGUGCCUUACCCGUCGUUUUCUGCAAGUUAUCUUUUCUCUACUGGGCCUGGUGCCACUUCCUCCUGUUUCGCAGUGGAGAUGGCUGUUCCUAUCAUUGGCCAUUCGCUGCUGCUGGAUAGCUUACAUUAUGUAUUUGCUGGAAGUUGCCAUCAGCUUUUCAUGGGUGGCCAUCGAAAGUGUAGGCAAUGCAGUGGGCACCGCGCUGUUCGUGGGCAACUCCGUGCUGGGACUUGCGCUCCUGCUGGAGAGUGUCCUUAAGCAAAAGACCCACAGCCAGCUGGAGGAUCUGCGUGUUCAGACGGAGUUGCAGCUGCAGAGACUUGGCAUGUUUGGCAGUUCUCGCCAUGCGGCUUAUCUAUUGCCACUGAUAGGAGUACAGUUUGCUUGCGAUCUUGUGAGACUGGCGACCAAUUUUGGGAAGACGGUAUCGCCCGUGUUUGGUAUAUCCUUGCCACUGAUGUGGCUGCUGCGGUAUCGCUACGUUCAACUGGUGCAGCACGUCAUGGAUCUGAACCAGAGAUCCAUCCAGUUGCGCCGAUCCCUGUUGUGCCUGGCCUCCGGCAAUGAUCUGUGGCAGCCCUACGGAGUCCAAGAGUGCCUUCAACUCCAGACGCUUCGCAGCGCCUACGAAAGGAUCUUCGAGUGCUACGAUACCUUCAGUGAUUGCUAUGGAUGGGGUAUGCUGGGUCUCCAUUUGCUGACCAGCUUCCAGUUCGUGACCAAUGCCUACUGGAUGAUCAUGGGCUUGUACGAUGGCGGCAGUGUGCGUGCCCUGAUCUUCAACGGCGCCACUGGGAUCGACUUUGGCACUCCGAUUGCCACUCUAUUUUGGCACGGCGAUUCAGGUGCGGAAAAUGGCCGUCAAAUCGGUUGUCUCAUUUCGAAGUUGGUGAAACCCCAGGGCAGCAAGCGAUACAAUGAUUUGGUGAGCGAGUUUUCGCUGCAAACACUGCAUCAGCGUUUUGUGGUGACCGCCAAGGAUUUCUUCAGUCUCAAUCUGCACCUGCUCUGUAGCAUGUUUGCAGCUGUGGUCACAUAUCUGGUCAUUCUCAUACAGUUCAUGUUUGCUGAAAGAAGUUCUACGCGAAGUAACCAAUAGUAUUUUGCUUAUAAUAGUAAAUGGAAUAAAAUGCAGA